AUGGCUGAGGAGGCCACCACCGACGCCUUGAGGGACCAGGCCGCACUCUCCGUUCGCCUACUCGCCAGCCUCAGCAACGACAAGAACAAGAAGCUCGCCUUCUCGCCGGUUUCUUUCCACGCCGUCCACUCCCUCCUCGCCGCCGGCGCCUCGGGAGCCACGCGUGACCAGAUCGUUGGCUUCCUGUGUCCUGCGGGCGUCGAGGCACACGCUCUGCUCGCCUCCAAAGUGCCCUCCGUCGUCCUCGAGAUGCCCGAGGAGACGAGGGCCCAGAUUAACGAAUGGGUCGCGAGCAAGACCGGCGGCCUCGUCAAGGACAUCCUCUCGUCGAGGCUGGACCUGGAGCGCACUGCGCUUCGUGUCGUCGUCCUCGCCAGCGUGGUGCAUUUCAGUGGCCACUGGUACGAGGCCUUCUCUUCUGAACUCACCGUGCACGGCACGUUCUACGUCGACGCCGCGUCGGACCGUGCCGUCCGUGUGCCCUUCAUGACGGGGAGCUAUGAUGAGCACCAGCUCUUGAAGAUCGGCGUCCACCCUGGCUUUAAGAGGUUCGCCAUGUACACAUCUACCUCCCUAAUGACCGCGACGGCGGCCUGCUGGACCUCGUGGCGCGCUCCGCACCAGCCCGGCCACGCUCCUACGCGCAUCAGUGGCGGAGGGAGGGUUCACGGUGGGGGAGCUCACGAUCCCAAAGUUUCAGGCGUCGCUCAACGUCGAGGCGGCGCAGCUCCUGCAGGAUCUGGGGUUGGACCUGCCGUUCCUCGUCUCCGACGACCCCUCACCGAGAUGAUGUGCCCGCCAGCGCCGCCUAUGGCUGUGACAGUGACACCCGUGGUCCACCGUACGUACCAGUGCUUCCUUAACGUGAACGAGGAAGGAACGACCGUGGCGGCCUCAGCCACGGUGGCAGAAAUAGAGGACGGGUUUGGCAUCUCGGAUGAUCCUCCUGUUGAUUUUGUGGCGGACCACCCCUUCCCCUCUUCUUCCUCAUGGUGGAUGUCACUGGCGUGGUGGUGUUCGCAGGCCAAGUUCUCGACCCUUCGCUGUAAGCCUGCCCCAUGA